UGUCCAGUUCAUUAUUUCCGAAAAGCUGAUUCUCAAAGUUUGGCUCCCAAUACUAAUGUUGUCUUUCCAAAUCCAGUUCAGCCGUUGAAAGCAGAGAAAGGACAAAGCAGGAUCUGAUUCUCUUUUAUUUUGGAAAUUGCAUAGUUAUAUCCAAGGUGAAAGUGGCCUUUUUGGGAGUAUUGAAUAAUUCGUGCUCGAGACGAAAGUGAGUGAAUCGGUAGAUUACACUGCAGGAAAAGGAAUAGAGCUAAACGUGUGAGCUUGCAAUUACACAAACGUGUCAGCAGGGGAUGCAGUAGCCAUGUUGUACUGUAACUACAGUAGUGGGAAUGCGGUGCAGGUCCUCUUAGGGCCGCUAGGAGGCACAAAAUUUUCAUGGAAGAGCGUUUCCCAACAAGGUCACGUGACAUUUUGCGUUGGGGAGUUUUUUUUCCCUUCGCUAUGGCGGAAUUACAGGAGCGCACGAAAGGAUUGUAACCCAUAUUAUAAUUAAUGUUUUGUGUCGUGAAGGAGGAUUUUAAUUCUUUUCAGAUUUUAUUUUGCCCUGAGCACUUGUUAUAGCAUUUUUUCGCGAUGGCGGAUCGAGGUCUAGAUUUGUCCGGUCUGCCCAAAGACGUUAGGGACCAGCUGGCGGAGUUGGAUUUGGAGCUAUCGGAAGGUGACAUCACACAAAAGGGCUAUGAGAAGAAAAGGGCAAAAUUGCUGGCCCCCUUCGUCUCGGCAACCCCAAGUGCAGAACCGUCUCCCGAGAGCGAGCAGCCGACCCCGGGGCCCAGCUCCGCCCCGGACCCCGCUCCCUCCUCCGCCUCCUCCUCCACCUCCGUCUCCACGUCCGCGGCCCGCCGGCACCGAGCUCGCCGCAGCGGGGGCGCCCGGGACGACCGCUACAGAUCAGACAUCCACACGGAGGCGGUGCAGGCUGCUCUGGCGCAGCACAGAGAGCAGAAGAUGGCGCUGCCCAUGCCCACCAAACGCCGCUCCGCCUUCGCCCAGUCCCCCGCCGACAACUGCACCCCUCCCGACUCGUCCUCGGGCUCGGAUGAUGAGAGCUCUCUGAGCAGACGGGCGGGGCAGGCCCAGGGGCUGCAGAGCCCAGACUCCUGGAUAAACCGCUCCCUGCAGGGCUCCUCCACCUCCUCCUCCGCCUCCUCCACCCUGUCGCACAGCGAGGGCAAACCCCCGCCUUCCGCCCUCGCCGAUGUGCUGGCACACACCCGCAUAGAGAACAGCAGUGUACCCCCUGAUGUGACGUCGGCCACGCCCCAGGACAGGGGGUCCCACAUGGAACUGCCCCCUCCCGUGCGGGGCAUGAGCCGAGGGCAGAGCCGCUCCAGCAUGAUGGACACGGCAGACGGUGUCCCGGUCAGCAGCAGAGUGUCCACUAAGAUCCAGCAGCUGCUCAACACGCUGAAGAGGCCCAAGAGACCCCCGCUCAGCGAGUUCUUCAUGGACGACACCGAGGAGAUCGUAGAGGUCCCCCAGCCGGACCCCAACACCCCGAAACCAGAGGGCCGUCAGAUCAUCCCAGUGAAGGGAGAGCCUCUGGGCGUGGUCAGUAACUGGCCCCCCGCCCUGCAGGCGGCCCUGGCGCGCUGGGGGGCCACACAGGCCAAGAGCCCCGCCCUCACCGCCCUGGACAUCACCGGCAAGCCCCUCUACACCCUGACCUAUGGAAAGCUUUGGAGCCGCAGUCUCAAACUGGCCUUCACCCUCCUCAACAAACUGGGAACCAAGAACGAGCCUGUCCUGAAGCCAGGGGAUCGGGUGGCGCUGGUGUACCCCAACAGUGACCCAGGGAUGUUCUGGGUGGCGUUCUACGGCUGCCUGCUGGCCGAGGUCAUCCCCGUGCCCAUAGAGGUGCCGCUGUCCCGCAAGGACGCAGGAAGUCAGCAGAUCGGCUUCCUGCUGGGGAGCUGUGGCGUGAGCCUGGCCCUGACCAGCGAAGUGUGUCUGAAGGGAUUGCCGAAGACUCCCAAUGGAGAAAUACUACAGUUCAAAGGUUGGCCACGGUUGAAGUGGGUGGUGACUGACUCCAAGUAUCUGACCAAGCAGUCCAAAGACUGGCAGCCUCAUAUUCCCACUGCCAACACUGACCCUGCCUACAUCGAGUACAAGGCCAGUAAGGAAGGUACAGUAAUGGGCGUGGCUGUGUCUAAGGUGGCCAUGCUGACUCACUGCCAGGCCCUGACCCAGGCCUGUAACUACUGCGAGGGGGAGACUCUGGUCAACGUGUUGGACUGUAAGAAGGACAUGGGUCUGUGGCAUGGCGUUCUGACGAGCGUGAUGAACCGGAUCCACACCAUCAGUGUUCCCUACGCCGUGAUGAAGGCCUGCCCCCUGUCCUGGGUACAGAGAGUGCACACCCACAAAGCGCGGGUGGCCCUGGUGAAGUGUCGGGACCUGCACUGGGCCAUGAUGGCCCACCGGGAGCAGAGGGACAUCAGCCUGGCCUCCCUGCGCAUGCUCAUCGUGGCCGACGGAGCCAACCCUUGGUCGGUGUCAUCAUGUGACGCCUUCCUCAACGUGUUCCAAAGCCAUGGCCUGAAGCCGGAGGUCAUCUGUCCCUGUGCCACCUCCCCUGAAGCCAUGACUGUCGCCAUCCGCAGGCCAGGGGUCCCUGGGGCGCCCCUCCCAGCCCGCGCCAUCUUGUCCAUGUGGGGCCUGAGUUACGGCGUCAUCCGCGUCAACACCGAGGACAAGAACUCGGCCCUCACCGUGCAGGACGUGGGCCACGUCAUGCCUGGAGCUCUGAUGUGCAUUGUGAGACCAGACGGGCCGCCCCAGCUGUGUAAGACGGAUGAGAUUGGGGAGAUCGUUGUGAACUCCCGCGCAGGAGGCACCAUGUACUACGGCCUGCCCGGGGUCACCAAGAACAUGUUUGAGGUCAUCCCUGUUAACGCCAGUGGAGCCCCCAUCGGAGAGAUCCCCUUCAUACGCUCAGGACUGCUGGGCUUCGUAGGGCCGGGCAGCCUGGUGUUCGUGGUGGGGAAGAUCGAGGGGCUGCUGAUGGUGAGCGGCCGCAGGCACAAUGCUGACGACCUGGUCGCCACGGCGCUGGCGGUGGAGCCUGUUAAAACCGUGUACCGCGGGAGGGUGGCUGUGUUCUCUGUGACGGUGUUCUAUGAUGAGAGGAUUGUGAUCGUGGCGGAGCAGCGGCCAGAGGCCAGUGAGGAGGACAGCUUCCAGUGGAUGAGCCGAGUGCUGCAGGCCAUUGACAGUAUCCACCAGGUGGGUCUGUACUGCCUGGCUCUGGUUCCUGCCAAUACCCUCCCCAAAACACCUCUGGGGGGCAUCCAUGUCGCUGAAACCAAGCAACACUUCCUGGAUGGCAACCUGCACCCCUGCAACAUCCUCAUGUGCCCCCACACCUGUGUCACCAACCUGCCCAAACCCCGCCAGAAACAGCCAGUGGGAGUGGGUCCGGCCUCCAUCAUGGUGGGUAACCUGGUGGCAGGUAAGCGUGUCGCACAGGCAGCCGGAAGAGACCUGGGGCUCAUCGAGGACCAGGACCUGGUCAGGAAGCACCAGUACCUGACAGAAGCCCUGCAGUGGAGAGCUCAGACUGACCCAGAUCACGUUCUGUUUGUGCUGCUGAAUGCAAAGGGUGUAGCGGUGAGCACAGCAUCCUGUGUGCAGCUGCACAGACGUGCGGAGAAGGUGACAGCAGCCCUAGCGGAGAGGGGCGGCAUCAACACCGGAGACAACGUGGUGCUGCUCUACCCGCCCGGGAUCGAUCUGAUCGCCUCCUUCUACGGCUGCCUGUACGCCGGCUGCAUUCCUGUGACUGUGCGACCCCCCCACCCACAGAACCUGGCAGCCACGCUGCCCACCGUGCGCAUGAUCAUCGACGUGAGUAAGGCAGUCUGCAUCCUCACCACUCAGGCCCUCACCAAGAUCCUGCGGUCAAAAGAGGCGGCUUCCACUGUCAACAUCAAAACCUGGCCCACCAUCAUCGACACAGAUGACCUCCCGCGGAGACGCCCCCCCUUCAUCUACAAGCCCCCCACGGCCGAGAUGCUGGCGUACCUGGACUUCAGCGUGUCCACCACCGGCAUGCUGACUGGCGUCAAGAUGUCCCAUGCAGCGGUGGGUGCUCUCUGUCGCUCCAUUAAGCUGCAGUGUGAGCUCUACUCCUCCCGCCAAAUCGCCAUCUGCAUGGACCCCUACUGCGGCCUGGGCUUUGUGCUGUGGUGCCUCUCCAGUGUGUAUUCGGGACAUCAGUCCAUCCUCAUCCCCCCUGCUGAGCUGGAGGUGUCGCUGCCGCUGUGGCUGAGCGCGCUCAGUCAGUACAGAAUCAGGGACACCUUCUGCUCCUACUCUGUGAUGGAGCUCUGCACCAAGGGACUGGGCACACAGACAGAGAGCUUAAAGGCGCGGGGGGUGAACCUGGCCUGCGUGCGCAGCUGUGUGGUCGUGGCUGAAGAGCGCCCCCGCCUGGCGCUCACCCAGUCCUUCUCCAAGCUCUUCAAGGACCUGGGCCUGUCCCCCCGGGCCGUCAGCACCGCCUUCGGCUCCAGAGUCAACCUGGCCAUCUGCCUGCAGGGCACCACUGGACCGGACCCCUCCACGGUCUAUGUGGACAUGAAGUCUCUCAGGCAUGACAGGGUUCGGCUUGUGGAACGGGGUGCCCCUCAGAGCCUGCCACUCAUGGAGUCUGGGACUAUCCUCCCAGGUGUGAGGGUUGUCAUAGUGAACCCAGAGACGCGAGGACCGCUCGGGGAUUCUCAUCUGGGGGAGAUCUGGGUGAGCAGUCCCCACAGCGCCAGCGGCUACUACACGCUGUACGGGGAGGAGAGCCUGCAGGCUGACCACUUCAACACCCGCCUCAGCUUCGGAGACCCCCAGACCCUCUGGGCCAGAACCGGCUACCUGGGCUUCGUCAAGCGGACCGAGCUGCUGGACGCCAGCGGAGAUCGCCACGAUGCCCUCUUCGUGGUGGGGUCUCUGGACGAGACUCUGGAGCUGAGGGGGCUGCGGUAUCACCCCAUCGACAUCGAAACGUCCGUGUCCCGUGCUCACCGCAGCAUCGCAGAGAGUGCUGUCUUCACCUGGACCAACCUGCUGGUGGUGGUGUCUGAGCUGUGUGGCUCGGAGCAGGAGGCCCUGGACCUGGUUCCCCUGGUGACCAACGUGGUGCUGGAGGAGCACCACCUGAUCGUGGGCGUGGUAGUGAUCGUGGAUCCGGGCGUCAUCCCCAUCAACUCCCGCGGGGAGAAGCAGCGCAUGCACCUCAGAGACUCCUUCUUGGCCGACCAGCUGGACCCCAUCUACGUGGCCUACAACAUGUGACCAGCCUCGGCCACGCCUCCCCCGCCCCUCCGAGGGCCCCGGCCACGCCCGGGGGGGCAGGGGACACUAGUUUCGGAACGGGGCCGCGGAGGUGCGGGCGUGGACUCGCGCUCUCCCAGGGCGGGGAAACGGAGCGAGGGUGGGUAGGUUUAUCGGAGACCCGUGACCUCCUGACCCCCAUUCGCUCUCGGUUUGUCCGCACCUGACCCUCCAGCCCUGACCACAGAGACAGCUUGUGAGGGAGGUGUAGAGGGAGGCAGGAAGGAGAAGUUGGGUCUCCGUCUUUCCGUCCCACCCUCUCUCGUUCCUUCGGCUGAGAGAGCAGAGACCCUGCCCUGCGGUUUCUCAUUGGGGCACACCUGCAUCGAUUGCGCUGGUGUUACAUCACCUGCCCAUGGUAGACUAUGGGAGCCCUCGCUUCUGUACCUCUGCCUGCCCCCACUGCUGAGGAUGGAGGGAUAGAGUCAGUCAAAACAAUGCUUUUGUUGCGUCUUCAGUGAUAAUACAUCAAGUGUGGCUGAACGGACUUCUGAUUUUAGAACCAGCUUCAAAAUUCCAUUAGUGAGUCGCAGAAAGGGACAGGGGGCCCAGGCAGACCUCGCCGCUCUGGUGUACAGGGGGCGGGGAUGCCAGGUUUACCCCCUUUCAUUUUAGGCACAUUCCCCAGUCACCUUCAAGCACCGGUGCUGCAGCAUGUCAUACCACGCCUGCUCUUAAAAACCACAAGCCCCACGUGUCUUUCACAGGCGUGUAGCAGCCAGGCGGUUCGCGGUGGUCACCCCUGCCGCUGGGUACAGGAGUGAGUGUUCCAGAGGAUCAGCUGCAAAAGGAAGCCUGCUGCUUGCCUUACUAAAAACCUGUGGAUCUUUUCUUGUUUUAUUUGUUUUAAAUUUGUUUUUUGUUUUUGGAUAUUUCAUGUGCAUUGCUGUUGUUUUGUAUAUUCUGAUUUUAAAAAGGGAUUCGUUUUUGGGAGGUGGGAGCGGGUUGCUUUACAGGGGGAUAUUCGAUGUAAGAUAUUGUACAGAGCCUCAGAUACUGCAUCUAGUCCGUUUGAAAUUAUUGUGUUUAAAAAAAAAAAGACUAUUGAGUUGUGGGAAAUUGAAAACUUGACUGAUCUCUCAUACUUGACAGCAAUUUUCUGGAUCACGGACUCCCUCAAUCAAUGAGACAGUAAAAUGAUCCCAAAAAAAACAUUUUUACACUGAUAUACGUUCUUCAUAAAAAAAUCUGUGGUCAGCGACCAAUCACAGCUUGCACUUAUCUACGGGUUCUUAUUUCCUGGCUCUUUCUUUGUGGACUCUGUCUCUGUCUCUGUCGACCACGUGUAGGGGUCAGCCUCCCAUUCACCAAGUUCAUCUGUACAAGGAAGCCUCUCUGGAAGUCUCACUCAUUUUCUUUAAGAAAAUAAACGGUUAAAAAAGACAUGUUGUGCUACAGAUAGUACCAAACACAUUCUCCAGCAGUGAUGUCAUCAUGAAAAGUUUGAGCUCUCCUCAUAAGUAUUAGCUUUGGUGUUUGUUCAUAGUGGACCAGUUAGUUGCAUAAUUUGUUAUAGCAGCAGUUUCCUUCUAUUGGGUGGGUUUUCAUGCAAAGUUAUGGCUCCAAGGCCAUGCCUGUGCCAGUCCAUCUUGAGGCAUUUCUGUGCCUGCGGCCUAAGAGUGGCUCAUUGGCUGCUGCUUUAAUGAUAUCAGAGCCGUGUAAGAGCAUGACCAUUUGAAGAAGACUGAAAACUAAGAACCGUCACUAUAGCUGAUGAAAAUUGUCUCCUGGUGAUGACAUCAUCAAGCUGGAAAGCUCAGCCAGUGUUGGAGCGUUUGUGUCUCUAAGCCAAAAACACAGUUUUCUCAGGACAUCGCAUUCUAGUGAUGUGUGUUCGCCUCCCGCGACUGCCACCCACCCUGAAGCAGAAAUAUUUCACAUAUUGCGCAAGUUCCCUCGCAGUGCUGGGGGGAUCUGCCGCUUACCGGAAGUUGUGCAUGAUGCAGCAGAACAAACCUAACAAGCUCUGUAUACAUUUGCUCUGCUUGUGCUGGGAUCUACUCAGAAACUCCAGCCCAGCCUGGGGAAAUCAGGCCAAUGCAGUUUACUGCUUUUUGUUAACAAACCAGCCUCAUUCAGUAGUCCGAUAAAUUAAUAGAGCUAAUUAAUUUAUGUUUAUGGUUUCCCAUAAUGCAACGCAAUGUUUUAGAUAGACACCGAAACUGAAAAAACUGUGACUGAGCUGGUAUAGAAACGGAGAGCAGAUGUAGGAGUACAAGCCCAUGCACUCACACACACACACACACACACACUCAUACACAUGCCUGUACACACACACACACAUACACACGCCUGUACACACAUGAGCACACACAAACAACUGCUGACAUGCGGAAAUAAGUGGAAGGACAGUUUUAAAUGCAUUUCUGAGCCAUUGGAGGCCACAGCAGACACAGGAAGGACCGUAUGUGCUAGACAGCAGCCAUCUUGUUUCCUGGCCUGUCCCUGUAGUCACACUGGGGGGUUAAACACACAGAGUGUCCAUGUUUGGGUGUGGCAGAGAGAACGCCAUUUGGGAAAGUGGCUCUAACUGAAACUAACGACAGGAGCCAGGUGGGUUAGACCAGCUUUCCCAGUCAUACUGGGAAGAUUACUGCUAAAACUGGAAGACCCUGCAGCCUGGUGGCACCAGGCCUCUGAGACACUACAGGCACAUAACAGACCCCCAACAGGCCUAUGUGCUGUCCCUAGGGCCCAGGGCCACACCCGCUGGGCUGUGUAUGACCACGCUGGUGUCCGGCUGCAGGUGCCAGUCCCAGAGAGGGCGUCGUUUUGGCCCUCCUCGCCGUGCCUAACUUGCUUCAGUAUACAUCUGUAUGAAUGGACGUGUAAAUAUGUAAGCUCACUGUGGAGGAGGGCAUCUUCCAAGCACAUCGUGAAAAAUAACCGCUGUUUUAACACACACAUACUUCCUUAUUCUGCAGACUAAUUCUGAGUAAUUUCCCAAUGUCGUGUUCUUGAUUUAUUUUAGUUGCAAUAUAAAAAGGUAAAGAAAUAUGUGAUUUUUGAAGAAAAAAAUUGUAUGUCAUCUCUUUGAGAGAACUGUUUUCUGAUGGACAGUCCCUCAGGAUACAUGUUACUAAGAGCAUGUUUAUUUUUUUUCUUCUUUUUUUGACGAGUGAGCAAACAUACAAACAAAAACAAAAGCAAACAAAGCACUGUGAAAGCAAAGUGAUAUUGAAGCUACGUAUCCUUUUUUAAAACAUUUUAUUUUAUCUCUGUAUGCUUUUAUGUUACCUUGAGUUUGGCCUUUAUUUUUGAUAUCAAGGAUUAAAAUCAUCAUUUAAUUUAAGAGAAA